AAAAUAUAUCUUCGAAAACACAAAAAGUGACAUUGCUGCACAAGGAACUGUUGGAAAUUAACUUAUCAAUAACUGCCUACAUUGAGGAGAGUAAGAAACGACUUGCAAGGCUUCGUCUAGACUUGGCACACGACGCAAAAAAUUCUCAAAAAGUCGUUGAAAUAUUAUCUGAUAACUAAAAUGUCAUCACCAGCAACACCUUGUAAACGCAAACUAAUCUGUAACCAGUCUAAAUUUAAUAAAACCCUACCAGAAAACAAUAACAAUUCCAGUAUUAAGUUUUCUGAACGUCAGCAGGCUCGGUCUUUCAUAGCAUGGUAUAAACGCAUGAUCGACAAUGAGCGAUACAACUUAGCCCUAUAUCUAUCUGAUGAUGCAAUGCUCGAAUGGUUUGGCCGAACAAUUAAAACAAGAAAGAAAGUCACAGCUUUCCUAAAAUAUGAUAUGCAGUGUUCUCGUCAUGAUUUCACAACUGUUGAAAGCAUAGACAAGAUCCAAACUAGACAAGAAACUGUACAAAGAAAAAAUGACUCAAUCCUGGCUAGUCCACUCCAUUCACCUGAAAUUAUCAGAAAUAAAGAGAGAUGUCACAAAAGAAGACUGCUUAGGUCUAACUGCAACAGUCCUGAAUGGGCUGAGGGUUGCCAGCCUCAAGAAGAAAUUAGCAUAGACAAUAACCAAAAGACUGACAACACUAGCUCUGAUAAAGAAAAAGUUAAGGAAACAGAUCACAACCCACUUAAAAGGUCAUUCCCUGAAGAUUCAGAAAUAAGUAGCAAAGGUGAUGGUAUGCGUAAAGUAAAAAGAAAGUGUGUGUCGAUCACACCUCCCAAUCCAGAAGUGGGACAGGGUGACUGUCUACCCUCCACUAGUGGCACAGAUUCUGAUAGAUCACAUGAUGCACUCAAUGCUCAAUUGCCUAAGUUAGCAGUAGAAUGUAAUGGUUACAUAGAAUUUACCAGAACAAGGAAUAAUCGAAGUGCUGAAGCCAUGAAGUGGGAGAGGAAGUGUAAAGUACAAAUUAGUUAUUCUGAAGACCCCUUGAAUGUUGGAGAGUACAUUAUUUGGGCAUUACGGUACACAGAUGAGAGUAAGUGCAGGAGAAACUUGCUUGCUGCUUUUGAGGAAGUUGCUAAAGAAGAAGCCUUAAAAAAAGUUUAAAAAAGUAAUUUUACUGUCAAAUUCCCUAAAUAAGGAAUGUUGCCAAG